CGAGCCCGCCGCCGCUCCUCCCCAAAUGGCGCCCACGGCCGCCCGCCCCUCGCGCACGCGCGCUGCUCCUCCUCGGGCUCGCUCAGCCAGGCCGAGGCGGCGGCGGCGGCGACCACGCGGGCAGGGGGGGCGGCGGGCGCGCGGCCGGCGGGGCGAGAUGGCGGCGCCGGGCGAGAUGGCGGCGCAGCAGGAGGUGGCGGCGCAGCUGGAGGCGCUCACCUUCGGCCCCGGAACGGCGGCCCCGUGCCCUCCUGGCCCCCGGGAGGGCGAGGGGGGAGAUGAGGCCGUGCUGCCGCUGGGCGAGGCGGCGUGCAGCUCCCGGCCGGCCGCGGCGGCGGACUCGGAGAGUGACACAGAUUCAGACAGUUCAACUACAUCCUCUUCCUCUUCGUGUUCUUCAUCAACAGUGUCUGAUGAAGAUGAUCAUCCAAAUGAGAAGGAUAACAGAAGACAUUGUGUUAAAACAAAAGACGAGUUGCCACUGGAUGAACUGCCUCCAGUUGAAGACUUAUCUUUAAUUCUACCUGAUAAUAUUGAACUGAAGCUCUUUGGGACAGUUUCCAGUAUCAUUGAGCAGCUAGUAAUAAUUGAAUCUGUGAGAGGCCUACCUCCAAUAAAUGAGGAAAGUGUAAUUUUUAAAGAAGAUCGGGAAGCUGCAGGAAAGAUAUUUGAGAUAUUUGGUCCUGUUAUGCAUCCCUUCUAUGUGUUACGAUUUAACAGCCCAGAGCAUAUCAAAGAGAAAAGUAUUAAUGUGCAAGAUAACAUGUAUUUUGCUCCAUCGGUGCAAGACUUCACCCAGUAUAUAUUUGCAGAGAAACUGAGACAGGAGAAGGGAUCAGAUGCAUCUUGGAAGAAUGACCAAGAACCACCACCUGAAGCCUUGGACUACAGUGAUGAUGAAAAGGAGAGAGAAGCAAAACAAAGGAAAAAGAAGGCUCAAAAUCAAGGAAGGAAGAAAUUCAGAUCAGAAACAAAUACAUCAGGGCUUGCUGAGGCUGUUACUGAACUACUGUACAUAACUGAGGACAGAACAGGACGAGCUUUCUCAGUGUUUCAAGGAAAUGAGUACAAAGGAGCUCAUCAGCCAGUGCAACAGCCUGCUCAAAGUUACUCAAGGGGCGGGUACCAUGACAGACAGUUCUCUGGUGCUCCAUUUCCUCCACCAUCAGGACCUCGAGGAUUUUCAAGACCUCAAAUGAGACCACCACAGGCAUGCUAUUCAGACAACAGAAUACGUUAUGAGUCUCCAGUGUUCCGGCAGCCUUACAGAAGUGAAAAUCCAAUGAUGCAGCAGUAUCCCUUUCCUCCUCCAGUUUUUGGUUCCGGUAAUCAGAUGCAUCAAUGUCACCAUCCACCUUCAAAUCUAAACAUGGCUUGGAUGGGCCCAAAUGUGUACAACUCAUCGUACCUAUAUAUGCUACCGCCACCUCCACCUCCUCCAAGAUAGCCAUCGAUCUCACUUCAAGCCUUGCUAAGUUUCCAUAAACGUGUGGCUGCCAAGACUGCAUUCCCUUAUUUUGGAGAUGCUUUAUUUUUUUUCUGCAAGAAUAGAACAAAUGCAGAGUUCAAUGCAAUGCAGAGUUCAAUGCUUUGUGGGAUAUCCACAGAAAACUUUUUCUAUUUCUUUUCUGUUUCAAAAAAUGUAUGAUUAAAAUUACAUUAUUAUAUAAUGGUUUAUUUUUGUAAUAACUACCAGCUUGGGGUGAUAAUAAAAACUUUUCAGAGAUCAGUG